UUUAAUAUUAAAUCUCUAAAUUAAUUUUUUAUUUUUGGGAAGAUUUUUGGUGGUUAAUGUUAAUAUUUGCGUGAUAAUAACUCAAGACAAUGGAUUCAUUAACGCGAGUAGGUGAUCAAAGAAUAAAUAAACCCUAUCUCGGUGGCUGGAAGCACCGAGCCACAGGUGUGAUAUAUCACAAUGCAGCAUCGCAAACAGGACCAUUAAACGUGAACAAUGUUGAGAAUUUCUGCAGCAGAGAGGUGCAGUGUAUUAAUACCAAAGAUGAUGCAUUUCAAACUUGUAUUAACAGAGCUACGCAGAUGUGGAGGUUUAAUUUAUUGCUCAUUGUUCGAAAAGACUGUUAUAUAUCAAUUGAAGGAGACAAAUAUUUGACCUCCGGUUCCUACGAAACCGCUGAAGAAAAAGAAGCUCGCUUGAACAAAAAAGCGCUAACGAUCCAGCGCAGUUAUCGAUCCUGGAGAACUCUGAAGAAAAUCCGGCUUUGCGCUGCUGAAUACCGUCGUUUGAACGAAGAAUGUUCGAAUCACGCAAAAGGGCAAGAAGAACUUCGCCAGGAACGCAUUAGGCACUCGAUAAUCCGGCAAACAUACCCGCAAAGUCGCUCAGACUUCGACAAAAUUUACGCGCUGAUUGAAUUAUGGCGACAGCAUCAUCAGAAGCGGAUCCGAAGUUGUUUUUUCCGAGGAGCAGUGAUUGCAGAAAAUCUCUCGAUGCUGGAAAAAAUAACAGAGAUGCUGAGAAACUUGGAAAAGCAUCGACGUAUUAUUAGAGAGAAGCGUGCAAGUACCCGGCUCACAGAGUUGUUGACAUUUCACAGUAAACCAGUCAGAUGGACUGGAUACAACGGCAAGCUCAUUGAAAUGAUAACUCUGAGGACCCAGAGAGCUCGUGAGCUCAAGAAUCUCUAUGACCUACUAGCCAACGAGAGCAAUUGCUCCAUUGAGAAACGAAUCGAAAUGUUUAUUCAUCUCAAGUGCGCUCUCAGUUCCCACAAUUGUUACCCUGCGUUAGAUCUUCAAAGUUUGAUUCAACAGAAACUUUUAUUGCUGUCCCGCGGACUUGCUUCUGGGCUUGAUUAUUUUAACAAAAGAAUAUUAAUUUCAGUUGGAUUUUUAUCCUUCGCCCGACAUUCUCAUAAUUGCUGCUCGAAGAGUAAAGACGAAGAGGAAUUAGUCGGGCCGGUAGAUAAGGACAAGAACAAGUUGCUGUGUCGUAGUUGUAUGAAAUUAAUGCCUCGAAAAAAAAUAACAGUUGACUUAAAAGCUAAAAAAUUAUCUAAAUGCAUCAGCUGCACGUGGCUCUAUCAACAGACCGUCAAAAAAAUAGACUACGACCCUUACAGCUAUCUAUUAAAUGACAUACGCGCGGAUGAGCUCAGUAAAAAGUGUGUCUCAACGCUCCUGUAUGUUAUUCAAGAGCCAGAAAUGUAUCAUUUGGUUAAAAAUAUAUGGCACGGACGCUCAAUAGUCAGCGAGGUCGAUGAUAUUUAUCGCUUGAGGCUUGUCAGGUUCCACGUAGAUCGGGAAUGGGCUCCUUGGAAUUGUAUUCUGCUAACCGAGGAAGAGAGCAAAGCUCAUUAUUAUAUCACAGAUCUCUGUUCCGUGUACUCAAAGCAAUUGCUUUAUAAAAUUUAUUUAAUCCACCAGACUGCCAGGAGUCAUUUUAACAAUCUAAUGAAGCUGGAAAGAAAAUUGAAAACUUCGCUGGGAAUCGGCUGCGAAAAAUCUGAGGUUGCUGAAGCUGAAGCUGAAGAUAAUGUUGAAUCAGUUUGCUAAUAAUAAAAUAUUGUAUUAAUAACAAUAAUAUAGUU